GUGUUCUACUCGGACACGGCGACGAUGGAGAAGGCUCGUGACUUCUGGGAGCUGUUCGAAGCUCACACGGCCCACCUGCCUGAUCAGUCGCGAUUGCUGGUGUUUCACCAGAAACUCAAAGGCAGUCCUGCGGAACGGUGGUGGAACAAUUUUACCAUUAAGACUUUCGCUACGCUAAAAGUACGGUUCCAUAACCAAUUCCUGAGCAGAACGGCUGAUGAGCUGUGGGAACGGCUACAGACUACGAAGCAUGAACGCGGUGAGUCCGUGGAGGAGUGGGGCGAUCGCGUCUCCGACCUCUGCGACUCGCUGGACUAUCCGAACCCGCAGAUGAGGUACCAGUUGUUCCGAUGCGGGCUGCGCAACAAGCGUAUGCUCGCCACGCUCGUCUCGGGCCCGGCACGAGACAUUCCCGAGGCUUGUGAGUGGCUGCUGGCCAAGGAAAUGUCCCGCUCGGGCGGGAACGCUCCACCCGGGAACGGUCGGCCGCGAGGGAUUCGUAUGGGUGCUGAUUCACGGACGCAAGAAGGAGCGCCCGUGUGCGGACGGUGUGGCUACGUGGGCCAUUCACGCGAGACU